GGAGGCAGAAGCGUGGCAGGCCAGCGCGCGGAGGCAAACUAGAGUUGGGCGGCUUUUCUUCUCAGCACGCGAGGACAAGCGGGGAACCAGCGUUAUGGCAGAGCAGGAUCUAGAAAACGAACUUUUGGAUUAUGAGGAAAAUGAAGAACCCCAGGCUUCUCUGGCUGGGGGGAGCACUCCAGCUUCCCCUAAGAAAGAUGUCAAGGGAUCCUACGUUUCCAUCCAUAGCUCUGGCUUCCGGGACUUUCUUCUGAAGCCAGAGCUCCUGAGGGCCAUUGUGGACUGUGGCUUUGAGCAUCCGUCUGAGGUCCAGCACGAGUGCAUUCCACAGGCCAUCCUGGGCAUGGACGUCCUGUGCCAGGCCAAGUCUGGGAUGGGCAAGACAGCAGUUUUUGUGCUGGCCACCCUGCAGCAGAUCGAGCCUGUCAACGGACAGGUGACCGUCUUGGUCAUGUGCCAUACAAGGGAGCUAGCGUUCCAGAUCAGCAAGGAGUAUGAGCGCUUCUCCAAGUACAUGCCCAGCGUCAAGGUGUCUGUCUUCUUCGGUGGCCUCUCCAUCAAGAAAGAUGAAGCAGUAUUGAAGAAAAACUGUCCCCAAGUUGUGGUGGGGACCCCGGGCCGGAUCCUGGCCCUCGUGCAGAAUAGGAGCCUCAACCUGAAGAAUGUGAAGCACUUUGUGCUGGACGAGUGUGACAAGAUGCUGGGGCAGCUGGACAUGCGGCGGGAUGUGCAGGAGAUCUUCCGCCUGACGCCCCACGAGAAGCAGUGCGUGAUGUUCAGCGCAACCCUGAGCAGGGAGGUCCACCCUGUCUGCAGGAAGUUCAUGCAGGAUCCAAUGGAGGUGUUUGUGGAUGAUGAGACCAAGCUCACGCUGCAUGGACUACAGCAGUACUAUGUCAAGCUCACGGACAGUGAGAAGAACCGCGGACUUUUUGAUCUCUUGGAUGUGCUAGAAUUUAACCAGGUGGUCAUCUUUGUCAAGUCCGUGCAGCGCUGCAUGGCCCUGGCCCAGCUCCUCCUAGAACAGAACUUCCCAGCCAUUGCCAUCCACCGGGCCAUGGCCCAGGAGGAGCGCCUGUCACGCUACCAGCAGUUCAAGGAUUUCCAGCGGCGGAUCCUGGUGGCCACCGAUCUGUUUGGCCGAGGGAUGGAUAUUGAGCAAGUCAACAUCGUCUUCAACUAUGACAUGCCCAAGGACUCUGACACCUACCUCCACCGGGUGGCCCGGGUGGGUCGCUUUGGCACCAAAGGCCUGGCCAUCACUUUUGUGUCUGACGAGAAUGAGGCCAAAAUACUCAAUGAUGUUCAGGACCGGUUUGAGGUGAAUGUGGCAGAACUUCCGGAGGAAAUUGCUAUCUCCACAUACAUUGAGCAGAGCCAGUAACCACAUGCCUCGACAGCCUGGAGCUGCCCAAGUGCUGCUUCAUGUCUUCUUCACACCAGAUGUGUCUGUCUUUUUAUUGUUCAAAAGCUGUAAAUUUGUGUAAGAAUAAAUUUUUAUUAUG